AUGGAUUUCACCUUAUCGUCAUACUUCAACUCCUUUGAUGUUGGUAAGGAAUAUUCCGUUGAAUUCUCAGAUCUUGAAUCCAAACUAGAAACAAUUACAGGCUCGUUAGCUGACAACCCCGAAUCCCUCAACUUUGAUAAUGAACUUUUUGAUGAUGUUGUAGAGCUAGUUCACGGUUUCCUUUCAUUGGAAGGAAAACAUCAAAAGCAAUUAGCUUAUUUAAUUACAUCGUCAUUUAAUGCCAUUGGAUUGGCCACUAUCGCUACAGUUGAAAGUGGUGAUUUUAUAGAUUCAUUGGAUAAUAUCAAAUCCACAUUGGAAAAGUAUGGAUACUUGAUGUUUGUCAUCCUUAAGUUCUUGGGUAAAGAGGAUUUCUCACAAGUGGGUGGACGAUCCCAGAAAUCCGUUCCAAAACCACUAUUGGCCAAAUGGAAAUCCAAUUGCUUUGAGGUGGAAAACUGUCUCACUGCUAUAACAACAAUAUUGAAAAUUGAUCUUGCAAAGAUCUUUGUUACUACUCCUGAACGAGAUGCAUAUCUAGAGUUGUUUACAAGACCGCUAGUCAAUCUCAUGGAAAGUUCUGAAAGAAUGAAGUUGGCAGCUAUUAGGUCGUUGAUGUUCAAGGUUAUUGCCAUAACCGUGAAAAAUCACGGCCAUGCCGCUAUUAUCCAACAUUCAGUAAUCCAAUGUCUUACAUAUUAUGCCCAUUUACCUCACUAUAUGGCAGAACUCUUGCAUAUUAUAGCUGAUGAGUAUGACUAUAUCCUAUUGACUGAGGAGAUUCUACGAGAGAUUUCUCAAAUCCACUUCAGUGCUAAUGAUACCAAUGGGCCCCGUGCAGUUUCGGAAUUUUUGGUCAAACUUUCUGAAUUAAGUCCAAGAUUGAUAUUGAAGCAAAUGACAAGUAUUUCGCAAUUAUUUGAUAAUAGUAAUCCCACCUUACGGUGCUCGUUGGUUGAAUCAUGCGGGAACAUCGUGGUUGAUAUUCUUAAAACUACAAGUGGUGAUGAUGAAGAUGGUCAUAAUGGAAGCCAACAAGUGGAAAAGCUUUUGGAUUUAUUGGAAGAACGAUUACUUGAUCAAAAUCCAUAUGUACGUACUAAAGCAUUCCAAGCGUUAGCUAAAAUUGUUGGGUUAAAAGUUAAACUUACUGAACGGAGACAACGGAUGAUGAUGCUUGCUGUUAGGUCUUUGGAUGACAAGAGUACUUUGGUUAGAAGAAACACUAUUAAGUUAAUGUCUAAAUUGGUUCUCAAUCAUCAAUUCCAGAGUCCCCAUGGAUCUCAGUUGGGUCUUACUUUUUGGAAACAAAAGUUAGAAGAAGCUGAAGCGGAUCUUCUACAAUAUGUUCCUGUAUCUCCUCGUAAACAAAAGAAAACAUCAACAGCUGAAGAUAUGGAUAUUGAUAAUGAAGAGGAAGAGCACAGCAUAGCAAUUGAGGAUGAAGAACAAGAGGACGAAGAACAAGAAGAUGCAGACAAGCAAGCUGAUGCAGACAUAGCUGAGGAUGAAAAAGAAGAAGAUGAAGAAGAUGAUGUUGAUCAUGAAGAGCUCAACACGUCAAUGGUUCAGCAAGAACAGAAUCUUCCAGACCGGACAGUUUUAUUCCGAGCCAAACUUAAAGUAAACUUUUAUCAGGAUGCUGUUGAUUUUAUAGAGGCAGUUCAUCAUGGAACUGAAGUUAUUUCUCGAUUAUUAUUUUCCAAAAACAGAAAUGAAGCUAUUGAUUCUAUGGAUUUCUUAGUUCUUGCCGAUGCAUAUGGCAUUGAAAAUGCUAGUGUUGGUAUUCGUAAAAUGCUUCAUUUAGUAUGGAUGAAAGGAUCAUCAGAUGAAGGAAAAUCUGUCCCCUCUCAUUUAAUCGAUUGUUAUAAGACCUUGUUUUUAACUGCCCCCGAAGGAUCCCGAGUUGAACAAGCUGGUUACAUGGCCAAGAAUUUGAUUGAAUUGACCUAUGAUGCUUCUGUGGCUGAUUUGGCUUCUUUGGAAAAACUCUUGGGAUUAAUGUACAAUGAAAAGCUUAUUAACAGUGAAGUUAUAAGAAUUUUAUGGCAGAUUUAUAGUUUUGACCAUGAAGAAAACGACAACAGAACUAAGCAAAGACGUGGAGCGAUCAUCGUAUUGGGAAUGUUGGCAGUUGAAGAUAAUGAAAUUAUAAUCAGUGGCAUGGAGUCCUUGUUGAGAAUUGGGUUAGGUUCAAAGAAAUCCGAUUUGACUUUGUGUCGUUAUACUUGUCUUGCUUUACUGAGGAUUGUUCCUACUAGUUACAAAACAAAUAAUACUGUAAGCACUCGUAUUCCUAACGAGGAAGAGGCUAUUGCAAAGUUAAAAGCGGUUUUGUUAGAUUAUAAUGAUAAACUGGAAUGGUAUGCAGUAGCUCAAGAAGCAAUUGGAGCCAUAUUUCAAGCAUCAACAAAACCUGAUUUGGUAUGUUCAGAUAUAAUCAGGGCCAAAGGCAUUUCCGUGUUUGCCGGCAAUGAUACAAGUGGAGAAUCCAAGACUGUUGGUUUGUCCCAGCUUUUAUUCAUUGUUGGACAAGUAGCUAUUAAAACAAUAGUUUACCUUGAGAAGCUUGAAGCUCAAUUUAAGAAAAAGAAACAUGAAGCAGAAUCAAAGAAAAACCAUGGUGCUAAGAAAAAGAAUGAUGAUGAAAAUGUUGAUAAUGAAUUAGAAAUGAUUGGCGGGACUUCAGAAGAUGACUUCACUGAUGCUGUUAUCCAUGUUAAAGAAAAGGAAUUACUUUAUGGUGAUAAUUCAUUAUUAGCUCGAUUUGGACCUUUAGCUAAGGAGAUAUGUUCCAAGAGUAGAAGAUACAAUGAUACAAAUUUACAAAGAUCAGCUUUGUUAUGUAUGGUGAAAUUAAUGUGUGUAUCCUCAAUUUAUUGUGAAGAAAAUUUACCAUUAUUGCUUACAGUAUUGGAGAAAUCAGAUGAUCCAAUCAUUCGAUGCAAUUGUAUAUUAGGAUUGGGUGAUAUGGCUGUUUGUUUCAACAAUGUUGUUGAUCAAAGUACCGAUUUCAUUUAUGGCCGCUUAACCGAUAAGAGUGUUAUGGUUCAAAAGACAUGUUUGAUGACGGUUACAUUUUUAAUCUUGGCAGGGCAAGUUAAAGUUAAGGGUCAGUUAUCAUCGAUGGCCAAAUGUCUUGAAAAUCCCGAUCAGGGCAUAAGUGACAUGUGUCGAUUAUUCUUUGCAGAAUUGGCAACAAAAGAUAAUGCUAUUUAUAACGGAUUUAUUGAUAUUUUUAGUGGAUUAUCAAAUGAUCAAACAUUAUCUAAAGAUGCCAUGAAGAGAAUUACCAAGUUCUUAUUGUCGUUUAUAGAUAAAGAAAGACAUCAAAAACAAUUGGCUGAGAAGCUAUUGGUAAGGUUAACAACUUGUCAUUCACAAGAACAAUGGAAUGACGUGGCGUUUGUUCUUGGUGCUAUUCCUUAUAAGAAUGAAACUAUUACUGCUGCAUUAGACAAGGGAUAUUCUUUGGUUCUGGCAAAAGAUUGA